CUUACCGACCGGGCGGCUGGCGGGGGGUGUUUGUCUCCCUCUAUCGUUGUCCAAAACGCACUAAAUCUGUCUAUAAACUGUAACUCCGUGUCUCGGUUGAGCGGUUUGGUGCUUUUGGGCUGUUAUUUUGGGGUAUUUGCACGGGGAUGGUUAGAUUUCCCAGUAUUUCUGUUUUAAGUUAGUUCAGGCCUGACGUCCAUCUUAUCGUGCCCUUUGUUUCCUGUUUCCUCGCGCCUCCCGAGUUAACUAACACGAGUUCAUGUUUGAAUAGUUUAUAUCUUUAACAAUGCACGAUUAUUCGACUGUGAACCAUCGAUAAGGUGUUACAAAGUAGUUUUAAACGUUCUUGAAACAGUCGGAACGCGUGACCCCCGAAGUACCGAUCGAUCGUUAUCAUUGUCUAAUCAACACAGGAAGACGUCACGCCACACGGACACUUCUCCAAAGUUUAGCGUAACCUCACUGUUGGACUACAAUAUAGUGGAACUACACAUGAUGCACUCACACGGGUGUUACUUGACCCGUUGCCAUGGAGGGAGAGGCUGUUUCCAUGGAGACCACGCAGGCUGCUGAUGGAAAGGUCCUGUCAGAGAGCGGAGAUGCUUUGAUACAAGGGGCCGUCAUGGCCGCAGAGGGGGAGGUGGCCGAUACCAUGGAGAUGAUGGUGAUGGACGCUCUCGAUCCGACUCUGCUGCAGAUGAAGACUGAGGUGCUGGAGGGCGGCGGCACGGUGACUGUUACUGGUGGAGACGAGGGGCAGAUCAUCACGCUCCAGGUGGUGAAUAUGGAGGAGCAGGCAGGAGCUGCAUUGAGUCUGGGUCAGCUGCAGCUGGUGCAGGUACCGGUCACAGCAGCCAAUGUUCAGGGGCUCCAUGCCACAUAUGUCGACGUGUCAGGAGUUAACAAGGACGCAGAGCCAGUUAUCUGUCACACCCUUCCCUUGCCAGAGGGCUUCCAGGUGGUAAAAGUGGGUGCCAAUGGUGAGGUAGAGACUGUAGAGCAAGAGGAGCUGCAGGCAGUCCAUGAGGAGCUUCAAGAGGUGAGGGAGGAGGAGGAGGAGGAAGAGGCGGAAGAGGAAGAGGCAGCAGAAGUAGAAACCACUGUGCCCCUACAAGAAGACCCAGAAUGGACCAAGGACCCAGACUACCAGCCCAUCAGCGGUAUACGUAGUAGAGGGAAGAAGGGAAAGAAGAGCCGCCUGCGCUACGGAGAGGGCAAUCGUGACAUGGACGUCUCUGUGUACGACUUUGAAGAAGAGCAGCAGGAGGGGCUGCUGUCAGAAGUGAAUGCUGAGAAGGUUGUGGGCAACAUGAAGCCACCAAAGCCCACCAAGAUCAAGAAAAAAGGUGUAAAGAAGACUUUCCAGUGUGAGUUGUGUAGCUACACCUGUCCAAGGCGCUCCAACCUGGACAGACACAUGAAGAGCCACACAGACGAGAGGCCACAUAAAUGUCACUUGUGUGGACGGGCAUUUCGAACAGUCACUCUGCUGAGAAACCACCUCAAUACACACACAGGCACUCGGCCACAUAAGUGCCAGGACUGUGACAUGGCGUUUGUGACCAGCGGUGAGUUGGUGCGUCAUCGUCGCUACAAACACACACACGAGAAGCCCUUCAAGUGCUCAAUGUGUGACUAUUGCAGUGUUGAGGUGAGUAAGUUGAAGAGGCACAUUCGCUCUCACACUGGGGAGCGACCCUUCCAGUGCAGUCUUUGCAGCUACGCCAGCAGAGACACUUACAAGCUGAAGAGACACAUGAGGACACAUUCAGGUGAAAAGCCGUACGAGUGCUACAUCUGCCACGCCCGCUUCACACAGAGUGGCACCAUGAAGAUGCAUAUUCUGCAGAAACACACGGAGAACGUGGCCAAGUUCCACUGCCCACACUGUGAUACCGUCAUCGCACGCAAGAGCGACCUUGGUGUUCACUUGAGGAAGCAGCACUCAUUUCUUGAGAAGGGAAAGAAGUGUCGUUACUGUGACGCUGUGUUUCAUGAGCGUUAUGCUCUCAUCCAACACCAGAAGACCCACAAGAACGAGAAACGCUUUAAGUGUGAACAGUGCGACUACUGCUGCAGACAGGAACGCCACAUGGUGAUGCACAAGCGUACACACACUGGGGAGAAGCCGUUUGCCUGCAGCCAGUGUGAGAAAACCUUUAGGCAGAAGCAGCUUCUGGACAUGCACUUCAAGCGCUACCAUGAUCCCAACUUUGUGCCCACGGCCUUCGUCUGCGGCAAGUGCAGCAAGACGUUCACCCGCAGGAACACCAUGCUGCGUCACACUGAGAACUGCACGGGCGAAAUUGAUGAUGAAGAAGAAGAAAAUGGAACUCCUGUACCCAAAAAGGCUCGUCGGGGCAGGAAGAGGAAGAUGCAGGCCAGGAGAGACGAGGGUGACACAGAAGAUGAACUGGAUGAGGCAGAGGAGGAAGAGGAGCUAAGUGAGCUUGAGGUGGAACAGGACCCGCCAGUCGUCCCCAUCCCGGCCCCUGUGGAGCCACCGGUCAAGAGGAAACGUGGACGGCCCCCGAAGAGCAAACCAGACAGUAAGUUGGCUGCCAUCAUCCGCGUGGAGGACGAGGCCACUGGAGAGGUGGAUGACAUAAUUGUGAAGAAGGAGGUUGGAGCCGAUCAAGAUGACCAGGAGGAUGGCAACGAGGGGGCCGUAGAGGAGGUGGUGGUCGGUGGAGGGAAGUCCACCAUCCAGCUGGAGGAGUUGCCCCCAGAAGAGGGGGCGGCCCCAGAGCUGCAGCUGUCUGAGGCCCCGCCCAACGGAGACCUCACCCCUGAGAUGAUCCUCAGCAUGAUGGACCGGUGAUGGAUGUGAGAGUCGAACCCACACACCUAGACCCAUGAUCACAUCUUGUUUUUAAUUCUUGUCAUUCAGGAUUAUAAACACUUGCAUCCUGCACAUCACUGUUGUAAUUUAAGAUUUGCUUUGUCAUCAUGUAUUGAUGAGAGUUGGAUUAUUAUGAAUUUACUUCCAAAAAUGGAUGCAUUUCAGUACAUUUGAGUUUAGGGUGGCUGUAUGUGGUAGAAAACCUCUAAGAUUAUAUACAUUACAGAAUCCCUUCUGACGGAGUACGUGUCUAUGUUCUAGUCCAUGAAAUAUGUUUUAACACGGUGGACCGACUCUUCUUAAAUCUAGACUGGGUGCAUGUCAUUUUUAUAAAGAUCUGGGUAAACCUCUUCCUCUCUCUCGAAGCCCUAUUGUUUUUAUGUUUUACUUGUUCAUACAGCUGUGUGGGUAAAAGUUGUAAGUAGAUAGCGGUCACACCCAUAAUGUGGACUUUGCAUUACGUUUUUUGGCUGUAAUUCCAGGCAAUAGUCAGUAUCCUCACUGAAGAGCUCUGUGCACCUCUCAGUCCGGAGAUGAAAAGUACAUUUCGGCCCACAUUGAAAGUCCCUGACACAUAAUCAAAAAUGUCAUACGAUUGCAGAAAACGGAGGCUACUUUCAGGAAGGUGAUACAUUUUCAAGAUAAGAAAAUUGUAAUAUUUUUUUAUUUUUUGGCUUCUUUUUUUGUGUUUUUAGUAAUUCCCUGUUUUAAGCCAAUUCUAGUUUUUAAAAGCUUUAUAGACGGCUCAUCUUCUGAUCCUUUCUUGCUACUGUAACACCCUUAGAUGACUUGUAUGUACUAAACAUUGUCACUGAUGAGUGCAAGGAAUGAACAUUGUUUUGCUCCCUUUUGUAGCCAUUCCACUUUGGGUUGAUGUGUUCCUUUUGUACCAUUUGCAAUGCGACGUAGCAGCUUGAAUGACAUUUGAAUAACUGUGUGGCAGAGGAGAACAGAUGUGUGACUGUACAACCAAUUUUUUUUUAAAAAGUAGAUGUUGACGCUUAUUUUAUUUUUUUUUUAAGGCUUCUGCAGCUCAAUCAUGGAUUUAAAAUCACUGGUUUUAAAGAAGUUAACGUGUGUUAGAAGUACAGUUAAAGCCUGAAAGAAAUUAUGGCUAGAAACAGUUUAUCAAAAAUAAGCAGAGAAACAACUGAGUGCUAACACAGAAAUGUCAGUGUAUUUUGCUUGCAGAUCUAUUUUAUUAAAUGGACUACUUAAUAUC